AUGGCCGCCCCCCUGCUCCUCCUGGGCAUCCUCCUGCUGCUGCUGCUGCCGCCGCCCGCCCCAGCCCCCUGCCACACAGCCACACGCUCAGAGUGCAAGCGCAGCCGCAGGUUUGUGCCCGGCGCAUGGCUGGCCGGGGAGGGCGUGGAUGUGACCAGCCUCCGCCGAUCCGGCUCCUUCCCAGUGGACACACAGAGGUUCCUGCGGCCCGAUGGCACCUGCACCCUCUGUAAAAACACCCUGCAGCAGGGUGCCCUCCAGCGCUUGCCCCUGGCGCUCACCGACUGGCGCGACCAGGGCUCCGGCUGCCAGCGCCACGUGGCCAAGGCCAAAAUCAGCUCCACUGAAGCCGUGGCCCGGGAGGCAGCUGGCAGCAUCCGCAAUGACUGGCGAGUCGGGCUGGACGUGACCCCCAAGCCCAGCAGCAACGUGCACGUGGCCGUGGCCGGCUCCCACUCCCAGGCAGCUGACUUUGCAGCCCAGAAGGCCCACCAGGACCAGUACAGCUUCAGCACUGACUCGGUGGAGUGUCGCUUCUACAGUUUGCACCUGGUGCACAGUCCCCCGCUGCACCCGGAUUUCAAGAGGGCCCUUGGGGCCCUGCCCCCCCACUUCAACACCUCCACCGAGCCCGACUACCUCAGGCUCAUCUCCAACUACGGCACCCACUUCAUCCGCUCCGUGGAGCUGGGCGGCCGCCUCUCGGCCCUCACUGCCCUGCGCACCUGCCAGCUGGCCCUGGAGGGCCUCACGGCGGACGAGGUGGGGGACUGCCUGGCCGUCGAGGCCGAGGUCAGCAUAGGCGGCCUCGGCAGCUCCUCGGCGGAAUUCAAGGCCUGUGAGGAGAAGAAGCGGCGGCACAAGCUGGAGGCCUCCUUCCACCACACCUACCGGGAGCGCCAUUCAGAAGUGGUCGGCGGCCACCACGCCUCCAUGCACGACCUGCUGUUCGGGAGCCAGGUCGGGCCCGAGCAGUUCUCGGCCUGGGUGGCCUCGCUGCCCGACAGCCCCGGCCUGGUGGACUUCAGCCUGGAGCCUCUGCACGUGCUCCUGGAGGGCCGGGACCCGCGGCGGGAGGCGCUGCGACAGGCCGUGAGCCAGUACCUGGUGAACAGGGCGCGCUGGCGGGACUGCCGUCGGCCCUGCCUGCCCGGGCAGCAGAAGAGUCCCCACGACCCAUGCAAGUGCGUGUGCCACAGCUCAGCGGACACCAACCGCGACUGCUGUCCGCGGCACAGGGGCCUGGCCCGGCUGGAGGUAAUGAACUUGCAGGCCACAGGCCUGUGGGGCGACUUCAUAACGGCCUCAGAUGCCUACGUGAAGGUCUUCUUUGGCAGCCAGGAGCUGAGGACGGACACCGUGUGGAACAAUAACCACCCCAGGUGGACCACGCGGCUGGACUUUGGGGUCGUGCUCUUGUCCACGGGGGGGCCCCUGAGGGUGCAGGUCUGGGACGCAGACAAUGGCUGGGACGAUGACCUCCUCGGUUCUUGUGACCGGACUCCAAAGUCUGGCUCACACGAGGAGAGAUGCAACCUGAACAAUGGUCACCUGAAAUUCCGCUACCACGCCAGUUGCUUGUCCCACCUGGCAGGGGAAACCUGCCUGGAGUAUGCCCCCCGAGGGCUUCUGGGGGACCCUCCGGGAAACCGGAGUGGGGCCGUGUGGUGA